UGGGCGCUAGAGGGCUUCGCAAGAUGGCGGCGCCGUGGCCUCGAUUUGCUUCUUUGCACCAUGUUGGGGUUUAUUUCUGCCCGCCAAGCCGGUUUGGACGACCCACUAAGGCUUCGCCGGUCUGAGUCUACCAGGAGGGUGUUAAGGUUGGAGUUAAACAAAGAUAAAGACAUAGAACGGAUCCAUGGAAGUGGCAUUAAUACCUUGGAUAUUGAACCUGUGGAAAAUCGAUACAUGUUAUCGGGUGGUUCAGAUGGUGUUAUUGUGUUGUAUGAUCUUGAAAACUUUAGCAGAAAACCAUGCUAUACCUGUAAAGCAGUUUGUUCUGUGGGAAGAAGCCACCCUGAAGUUCAUAAAUUCAGUGUAGAGACGGUUCAAUGGUAUCCUCAUGACACUGGCAUGUUUACAUCAAGCUCCUUUGAUAAAACAUUGAAAAUAUGGGAUACAAACACAUUACAACCUGCAGAUGUGUUUAAUUUUGAGGGAACUGUGUACUGCCACCACAUGUCUCCUGUUGCUACCAGGCAUUGCUUAAUUGCAGUUGGUACCAAAAGCCCCAAAGUACAGCUUUGUGAUUUGAAGUCUGGAUCUUGUUCACACAUUCUGCAGGGUCACAAGCAGGAAAUACUAGCAGUAUCUUGGUCACCACGUUAUGAAUACAUUUUAGCAACUGCAAGCGCUGACAGUAGAGUGAAAUUGUGGGAUGUGAGGAGAGCAUCUGCUUGUCUACUUACUCUUGAUCAACAUAACGGAGAGAAGUCAAAAGCAUCUUCGGAAGCAGUAAAUACUGCCCAUAAUGGAAGAGUUAAUGGAUUGUGCUUUACAAAUGAUGGACUUCAUCUUCUGACAGUCGGUACAGAUGACCGCAUGAGACUCUGGAACAGUUCCAGCGGAGAGAACACACUGGUAAAUUAUGGGAAGGUGUGCAAUGAAAGUAGAAAAGGACUGAAAUUCACUGUGUCUCAUGGCUGCAGUCCAGAGUUUGCAUUUGUGCCGCAUAGUAGCACUGUUGCUAUUUAUACUAUUUACACAGGAAACCUUAUCACUAUGCUUCAGGGACAUUAUAGUUCCGUCGACUGCUGUGUCUUUCAACCUAAUUUUCAGGAACUUUAUAGCAGUGGCAAGGACGGCAAUAUCCUUGCCUGGGUUCCAUCUCUGAGAGAGCCAGAACCUGAUGAUACUUCUGAAAAGUUGCUGCCUCAGCAAUCCUUAAAUCCUGCAUAUGAAGAUGCAUGGAGCAGCAGUGAUGAUGAUGGAUGAAUUCCUAGUGAGCUGUUGAUAUAAAAUGGACAUUCAUGCAGUAUUUUCUGAAGAAAGGACAUUGACAAAAGAGACCAGAUAAUCUAAACUGUAAAUCCUGAACAGUUAUUUUCCUGUUUUGUCUAUGUACUUCUUUUGUGUUUUAAAAUAAUGCCAGAUUUUAUAUUCCAUUUGCCUUUCCACUUUAUCAUUCCCAAAUUUUAACCAAAGCCUCAAUUAAAAUGAAAUGGAAAUACCA